AUGGCGACGCUCAGCAGUAACGUCGUGCAAUCAAGCUGGCCGAUGCAAACAAAUUGUCCAAACGAGACUCCUACAUUUUUUGGGAAGCCCGCUACGCUUAUACAAGGGUCACUCAAUGUUCACCGGCUUAACACCUUCAGACAUGUCUUGCAAGAAGGCUCAGUUUAUGAGCUAAGUGUCUUCGAUGUGGCAAGAAGCUUCCUGAGCUUCAAGUUUGGGGAUGCUCAUGUGUCUACUAGGUUCACUAAACAUACCGUGUUGGUUGAGCUCACUGAAACCAAUGAGCCGACUUGCUUUUGGCACUUGUCAACACAACCACUGAAUUGCCAGUUGCCAGGUUUAAACCCUUAA